AUGAAUUAUAAAAUAGCCACAUUAAUCUUUAUUUUGCUAUAAUUAGCUUUUACAUAGUAAUGUCGUAACAGCUGUGCAACUUGUAAUGGAAAUGUUUGCCUCUCUUGCAGCGCCUAAAAUUCUUAAGUUGAUCCUAAUCAAAGAACAUGCGUUUGUUAAGAUGGAUAUUAUGCUUCUUCUUUGAACCCAUUAACUUGUAAUAAAUUAAUCUCAGGUAGUUCAGAAAGUUAGUGCAAUAUUGAUCUAGCUUUAAAUAUGGCUAAUUUUAUUGUUAACACAGAUUGUUAUUACUACACUGAAAAUGCUGGCUAAAACGGUUAAGAAGCAAAUUAUGUAAGAUCUGAUGUUACAAUUGAUACAAUUCAUUCAUAAUUCAGUAAUGCAAGUUGCAGAGGCAGUCUUGUUACUCAUAUAUAGUAUUAACCUUCAACAAACAAUUUCCCUAAAGAAGAUUAAAAUUACAUUGACUUACCAACUCCAUCUUCAGGAGGUUCAUAUGUAAAUAACUUACCUGGUGGAGAUGUUGGAGACUAAAGAAUCUAAAUUCCUCUUAUUGAUGUUUAUAAUUUAGCUCAUAGUUCAAAUGUAAGCUAAGAUGGUAGCCAAAUUGUGUAGAUUUUGAAUUUUAGAAUUUUACUUGGUUUCUCUGGAACUUGGCUUAGAUCACAUAGAUGGUAAUCAACUGUUUUUACAAAUAGAAACUAAGUUUAAAUCUUUACUGUUAAUGUGGAUAUUUAAAGAACUUAGGGUUGUUAAUCAGGUUAGGAAUGUAUUAUUAUUGCUGAUUUAGAUAUAACUGGUGGAUAAUAUAAAUCAGAUUGGAAAACUCUAUAUACCUCUUCUAGUUCUAAUAAAAAUUCUGUAUCUAAAGACUCCCUUAAUACAGGUGCUCCUCCAUCAUACACUGUUGGUGAUACUAUGUAUUUGAGAGUUUGGUUUUAGGAUCCUACUUAUACCUAAACACUUUCAUUAACAAAUGUUCAAUAUAUGACCGGAAGUGGACAAGUUUAUGAUUAAACUAAUCUUAUAGCUCCUUCUGCUACAGGAUGGAGUUCAACAGAUAAUUCUUUACAUGUUUAAUUACCUUUGGUUUUACCCUCCUAAAGCGCAACAGUUUAAUUAACUAUGUAAAUUUAACUACCUCCUUCAAAAAGAAAUUUGUAAGGCUUAUCAUCACCUACAAAAAAGGUCUCUUAGUAAUUUACUUUUACAGUUGCCAGUGCUUCAUCGACUAAUUAAGGAAACAGUACAACAUAUUCACUUACAUUAUUACUUGGAGUUAUUAAUUUAUUGAGUAUUUUUAUAUUAAUAUGA